UAUUUAUAAUAAAUACUUAAGCAAUUUUGUGCAACAACAAACAAGUGAACAAAACAAUUGUGACUACAUGUGCAUAAAAAACAUAAAUAAACUUAAUUUGUAACAGCAAAAUAAAAAGUUCGAAUGCCGCCGCCAAAUUAUCAAAUACAAAACAAAAUUUUUUUUAAACAAAAGCUACUAACUGCUAAGCCAAGGAUCUCAAUUAGCCAACAGCAAAAAGCUUAAAGAACAAAGACAAACAAAUAAAAAAAAAACAAGCAAAAUGCUUGCCGCACAGCAGCAGCAACAACAACAACAACAGCAACACACAGCAGCAACAGCAGCAGUAACAACAACAACACAUGGCCUUGGCAGCGAUAUGGAGCGCCAACGUCGCGAGUCAACCACAUCCGAAUCCUCGCUGGAGCAUUUGGAUUUGGGACGCACACCAAAGAAGCUGAGCAGCAGCAGCGGCGCAGCGCAGCCAACGUCAACGCCACAUGAGGCAACAACAACAACAAACCGCAAACGCAAACUGCGACAGCAGCAGCAGCAAUUGCUCUCAGAUGAGGAAGAAGAAGAGCAACAGCAGCAGCAGCAGCAACUCGAGUCAACAACGCUGCGCAUACGUCACAAGCAGCGACGCAGUCAAAGCGCUGCUGGCGCCGCUGCCGUCGCUGCUGCUAGCGCCAGCAUUGUUGACGACGGCGACGCCAGUUCGCUGCGUAAAAAGUUCCGCUUGAAUCGCAGCAGCCAGGCGGCCAACAGCGAUCUCUCCGAGUCGGGCUUCAUCGAUGGCAGCGCUUUGAGCAGCUAUUUGCUUAGCAACAGCAGCAGCGUUAACAACAGCAGCAGCAGCGCUGCCGCUGCGCAGUCAUCUGCUGUUGCAGCCGGCGCCGCCUCGACCAGCAGCAGCGGCAGCUCUGGCGGCAACUCGGGCGGCUCCUCGCCCCAGGGCGGCCUCUGCCUCUCGAGCGCCGAGUCCGGCAUCGGCGCCAGCGAUGAGCACAUGAAGUUCCUCUGCCCCAUCUGUGAGGUCGUCUCGGCCACGCCCCAUGAGUUCACCAAUCACAUACGCUGCCACAAUUACGCCAACGGCGACACCGAGAACUUCACCUGCCGCAUUUGCUCCAAGGUGCUAUCGUCCGCCUCCUCGUUGGAUCGCCAUGUGCUCGUCCACACCGGCGAGCGUCCGUUCAAUUGUCGCUACUGUCAUCUGACAUUCACCACCAAUGGCAACAUGCAUCGUCAUAUGCGCACACACAAGCAGCAUCAGCAGCCAACAGCAACAGCAGCAGCCACACCACAGCAGCAACAGCGACGCCACCAGCAGCAGCUGCAGCAGCAGCAACAACAGCAGCAGCAGUCAGAGGGCGUGGCCAGAGAGAGCUACGAAAGUGAUGCUAGUUGCAGCACAGAUGUGUCCAGUGCGCAAAGUCACAGCAGCAACAAUAACAAUAACAACAACAACAACAAAAUGAACAACAAUAAUUUAAAUAAUAAUAACAAUGGCGAGCUGAGCAAGCGCACGCGCUUGAAAUUGAAUAAUAAUAAUAAUAUAGUUAAUGAGCAGCAGCAGCAAGAGCAGGCGCUGCUGCUAACCAAACAGGAGCUGGAGGAUUACGACGAGGACGAGCAGCAGCAAGAUGAAGUUGAUGAUGAUGCCGUUGAUGUUAUAACCAGCACACCCGAUGUGGCUACGCUGCUGGCACACAGCUCGGAGCACAACUCAUGCCAGAGCAAUGCAAGUGACAGUCCCAGUCGCAGUCUGAGUCCACCGCUGCCGCUGCCGCUGCUGGGCUGUCCGGCGUGCGCUGCCUGCGAUUUUGAUAGUUUGCCAGCGCUGUUUGCGCACUUGGAUGCCGCGCAUGCGGAUAUACCCGCCAAGUGUCGCGAGUGCGAUGUGAUCUUUCAAAGUCAUCGCCAGUUGCAGCUGCACAAUUGUCGCGCAGCGGGAGCAGCAGCAGCAGCCAUGUCGCCGCCACUGCCGCCGCUGCUGGGCGCCAGCAGUUCGCCCAUACAUAAGCAGGAAGCGCCCGAGCUGGAGGAGGAUGAAGAUGAGGAUGCGGAUGCGAAUGAAGCGCCCGCUGCCGCUGGCGGAAAUGCCACCGACCUGGCGGACAUACAAAGCAUUCUGAACAUGACCAGCUCCAGCUGCACGUCGAGUCUGCUGCGCAGCUUCGAGCAGAGCGUGCACACGCCCUGCAGCAGUCAGUACAGUUUGGAUGGCGGCGAGGAGGAGGCGCAGGAUGCGUUCACCAGCGAAUUUCGACGCAUGAAGCUGCGCGGCGAGUUCCCCUGCAAACUCUGCGCCGCCGUCUUUCCCAAUCUGCGUGCGCUCAAGGGCCACAAUCGCGUGCAUUUGGCAGCCGUGGGCGCCGCUGGACCCUUUCGCUGCAACAUGUGCCCCUACGCCGUGUGCGACAAGGCGGCGCUGGUGCGGCACAUGCGCACCCACAAUGGCGAUCGCCCCUACGAAUGCGCCGUUUGCAAUUACGCGUUCACCACCAAGGCGAACUGUGAGCGCCACUUGCGCAAUCGACAUGGCAAAACGUCACGCGAGGAUGUCAAGCGUGCCAUUGUCUAUCAUCCGGCGGAGGAUGCCAGCUGCGAUGAGCAGCAGCAGCAGCAGCAGCACAACAAAUCGAGCGCAUCUGAGUUGGAUUUGAGUUAUCGCGAGCUAACGCCAACGCCAGCAGCGCUGCCGCAGUCAGACUCGCAGCUUAAGCACAUGCUGCUGGCAGAGCCAACAGCAACAGUUGCCGCUGUGCCUGCGCCUGCGCCAGCAGCCAAAAUACAGGUGAAGAGCUUGGAUCAGCUGGUGGAAAAACCAGCAGCAGCAGCAGCAGCUUUGGAUUUAUGCAACGAUGUGUUGGAUCUAAGCAAAAAGCCAGCAGCGCUGCCAGCUGCGCUCAUACAGCAGCAGCAGCAGCAGCAACAUGCUUUGGAGCAGCAGCUGCUGUUGGCGCAACAGCAGCAGCAGCAGCUCUUUGCUGGCGAUGCUGCCACGCAGUACAUGCAACUGUUUCGCAAUUUAAUGUUUCAACAAAGCAAUGGAUUUCCUUUCUUCAAUCUAAUGGCGCCGCUUGCAACAGACAAAACUGCAGCAGCAGCAGCAGCAGCAGCAACAACAGCAACUGCUGCUGUUACGCUGCCGCUGCCUGCGGGCGGACCCGUUAAGAUGGUCAUCAAGAACGGCGUGCUCAUGCCCAAGCAAAAGCAGCGUCGCUAUCGCACCGAGCGUCCCUUUGCCUGCGAGCAUUGCUCGGCGCGCUUUACGCUGCGCAGCAACAUGGAGCGUCACGUCAAGCAGCAGCAUCCGCAGUUCUAUGCGCAGCGCCAACGCAGCGGUCAUCAUGUUAUGCGUGGACGCGCAGCCAGCGCCAAUGCAGCUGCAGCAGCAGCGGCAGCAGCAGCAGCCGCCGCAGCAGCCAUGAGCAAUCUGCAGCAGCAGCAGCAGCAGCAACAUCAGCAGCUGCAGCAACAACAUGCGCCCAUCUCCGAGCAUGUGAAAUAUGCAAUUUUGGCGCAGCAGCUUAAAGCGCGCACAGACACCGAUUUGUUGCAACAGGCGCUGGCGCAUGGCAGCAGCAGCAUUGCAGCCAAUCCGCUGCUGCAUUUUGGCUACAACAGCAGCAGCGGCAGCAACACAAGCGCUGCCAAGCCUGCAGCAGCAGCAAUGGACGAUGAUGAGCCCAAGCUUGUUAUAGACGAAGAUGAUGAGGCUGAUGACUUGGAUGAUGACGACGAUGAGGAUGAGCUUAUGGAGGAAGACGACGAUGAAGAGCAGUACGAUGAAGAUGAUGAUGAGGAGGAGCAGCAGCAGCAGCAGCAGCAGCCAGUUGCUGGCGAGUUGCAGCCACCAGCAGCAGUGCCGCAGCCACCGCCAGCAAACACUGCCACGCCCAUAGCAGCAGCUAAAAAAGUAGCCGAAACUAUUUUGGAGCAAGCCAUCAAAGCGGGCAAACCAGUCAACGAAGCAGACCCAGCCCCAGGGGCAACUCCAGCCGAUAGCAGCAGCUUGAAGAGCCUCAUCAGCCAGGCCGAGUCCGUUGCCAAGUCGCUCAAAGAUGUGGCCAGCUCAGCGUUCAAGGAUGAGUCGCAGGAUCUAGUGCCCGUUGCCAAGCUGGUCGACAAUGCCACCAGCAAUCAGGUCAGCUUCAAUAGCUACUUUCGCCCCAGCGAUGUGGCCAAUCAUAUGGAGCAAAGCGAUGAGGAGGGCUUGGUGGCCAGCGGCAGCGCCAGCGAGAGCAACAACAGCGGCACCGAGGACGUCACCAGCAGCAGCAGCAGCAGCAAUGGCGCCGAUACCAAAAAGAAAUCCGCCUACAGUCUGGCGCCCAAUCGCGUCAGCUGUCCCUACUGCCAGCGCAUGUUCCCCUGGAGCAGCAGCCUGCGCCGUCACAUUUUAACCCACACUGGCCAGAAGCCGUUCAAGUGCAGCCACUGCCCGCUGCUGUUCACCACCAAGAGCAACUGCGAUCGCCACUUGCUGCGCAAGCACGGCAACGUUGAGUCCGCCAUGUCCGUCUAUGUGCCCACCGAGGAUGUCAGCGAGCCAAUACCGGUGCCCAAGUCGGUGGAGGAGAUCGAGCUGGAGGAGCAGCGACGUCGCAAGCAGGCUGCGGCCGCCGAGCUGGAGCAGCAGCGGCAGCGCGAACGCGCCGAGCAGCAGCAGCGUGAGCGCGAUCUGGAGCGUGAGCGUGAGCGCGAGCGGGAGCGUGAACGCGAGCAGCAGCAGUUGAUACAGCAGCUGGCGGCGGCAGCGCAGCUCAGUCAGCAGAUGGCGGCGGCGGCGGCAGCGCAAGCAGCAGCAGCAGCAGCUCUUAAUGGCAACGGCAGCAGCAACAGCAACAAUUGCAGCGAUUCACAGUCAAGCGAUUUGCCCUACAAGUGCCAUCUCUGCGAAUUUAGCUUUGCCGAGCGUCUGCAGUGCUUGGAGCACAUCAAACAGUGCCACGCCCACGAGUUUGCGCUGCUGCUGGCCAAAGGCGCCAUCGAAACCGAUGCACAGCAACAACAAUUGCCGCCGCCAUCGAACUCGGACGAUGAGUCCUCAAUGCUGCCACGUGGCAAAUACCCGGACUACAGCAAUCGCAAAGUGAUCUGCGCCUUCUGCAUGCGCCGCUUCUGGUCCACCGAGGAUCUGCGUCGUCAUAUGCGCACCCACUCGGGCGAGCGUCCCUUUCAGUGCGACAUCUGCUUGCGCAAGUUUACGCUGAAGCACAGCAUGCUCCGGCAUAUGAAGAAGCACAGCGGACGCAGUCACAAUGGCGAUGCAUUGGGCGCAUCCGAUUGCUCCGAUGAUGAGCAGCCGGCAACGCCGCCGCCGUCCUCACAGCAGCAGCAGCAGCACAACAAUAACAAUACUUGCCACAACAACAACAAUAACAACAAUAAUAAUAAUAAUAACAACAACAACAACAAAUCAGCGCAACUGCGUCUGCCAAAGCUGCAUGAGCAGCUGGACAAGGAGAAUCUGGGCGAGGCCAGCACGACGCCGUCGGCUGCGGCCAGCGGUGAUCUGAUUGGCAAUCUGUUGGGCAUUAGCGAUCAGGGCAUACUCAACAAGCUGCUCUCCUCGCCCGAUGAGGCGGCCAAGCUGUUGGGCGUCGAGUAAGCUAGUCAACAAUUUUUACAGCGUUGCCAGAUUAUGCAAAAACGAAAAACAGAAAACACUUAACACAUCUAUUAAUGUUUUAUAGAACAAAAAACUCAGUAGACAGCUCAGUAGUUGUAGUCAUUAUAUAGCUUAAAAAAAUAUAACUAAUGUUAUAAACAAUUACUGCAAACACAAUUAACUUUAAACGCUCUCUAAG